AUGAUGGAGAGAAUAUCAUCUCUCAGAGAAAACCCAACGAACAAUAGUAGCGUCAUAGACUACGAUGGAGAAUCCGUGCAUUCCAAGGGCUCUAACCACUCAAAAACAAGCUCGGUGGUUCUUGGAGGAAAUACAUUGCUAGGCCAGUUUGAAAGCGUAGCCUUCUUCUUUCUUGUUUCCAUAAAGCUACCAAAACCGGUUCCGAAUUUGCUAGUAGUACUUUUCAAUAUCAUGCUGCUAUGGCAAUCAACAAGUCUAGGAUGGGAAUCAGAAUUUGCUUGGGGUGAGAAUGGAAAAUUAGCUGCAAAAGUGAUUGCAGUUCCCCGAACGUUGGGAGCAAACUGGUAUCCUUAUCAAUUAUUUAUGGCCAUUUCCAUCAUACUGGCCGUUUUAGAAAUUAUUUCAAUGUUGUCAAUAUAUUUUGCAUAUAAGGCUCUGCAUCGAGGAAGCAAACAUUCAGAAAAAAUUAAGAACACAGUUCGGACUAUAUGCAUAUUGUUUGGAGUAUUUGGAUUGGCUUUCGUCUUCUCACUUACGUCGUUUUGGGCAUGCGAUUACUCUACACAAGGACUGUUCGAGGAUGGUGUUGCCAAGUAUGCUCUAAGAAGAUUUCCUGAAGUAGCAUGUUGGAACCCACUAAAUGGUUCAUUUGCAGUAAUUUCGUUGGUUUUCAUGAUCAUCCAGAUUCCGCUCACUUUUUUGGGGCUUAUUUUACUGAGCGACACUUGGGUGAACAAGCACACUUGGUUGAGUAUGGACAACCCCUUCUUAAUAGCAACGUGGGUAUCACUAAAUCAAGUGUACCUCAUCAUUUCUCAAGCCCUUCCUCCUCAAGCAUUUGUAGCAAGACCAAUACUGUACUUAAUAAUCUCUGUGAUCUUGUUUGCGUAUUUAGUUUAUGACCUACCAUUUCAUCAUAGGAUUGUGAAUUCAGUAUUUGGUGGAGUAUUUUUCAGUAGAAUUGGUGUCGCAAUAUCAAGUAUCGUUUCAUUAGAAGCAAAUCCAACCAAUUCUGAUGAUAUUGGAUUUGGAAUAUUGUUUGGAGUUGGAUUUGGGUCUUUCAUUUUGUUCUUCAUCAUUGGUUUUGCGGUUGUGGAAAUUUAUUCUCAAGUAAUUAGUAGAUACGUGGAGAGACGUCUUCGUGGAUUGAAGAACGACUCUUUGUCUAUAUCUUCAAGCCUCAAGGAGCUGGUUAACCCAAGAGCCUUGUUUCACUACAUGAAAUUUUCUAUUAAGAAGAAAAAUGACAACGAGCUAAUAUCUAACUUUAUUAAGGCAGCAACGAACCAGAGACUGGAAUUAGACACUUCGAAUUUGAUAAUAUCAGCACUAUAUAUAUUUUACAAAUUAGAGGAAGGUCACACCCCAAGUUUUGCUCUUCAUCUAUUGGCCAAAGCUGCCAAAAAGAACACCAACAUCCUCCAGAGAUACGCAGUUUAUCAGAGAACCAAAGAAAUUGAGGCCGAUUCCUCUCAAGGCAAAAAUUCUCUUGAACUAAGACAUAUCCUGAACACAGUAUCUAACAUGCAAGAAAAAUUGAGACAGUACCAAAAGCUAUUUUGGAAACACUUCGUUUCAAACGAAGAAAACAACGAAAAGGUUUACAAUCUUGUGAAAAUGAUGCAUUCGUUGAUGGAAAAUUCUACUACUACCUACAAUAAUCUACUUGUUAAUUACAAUAACAACGCACAGGUGUUGAGAAGCUAUGCUCAGUUUCUUGAAGAGUUUUUGUUUGAAUCCGAGCUUUUUAAUUACUGGAAAUCCAUCAAUGGAUGUGAGUUGAGGCAUAAUGAGUACGAGUUUUCGCUUGUAUUGAGGAUCAUCAUAAAUAGGAUUGCUUCUAAAGUAAACGCUGGUGAGCUGUUUCAAAGGUGCUAG